UAAUUUGUUCAUAUCUAUUUACAUAUAUAUAGAUAUAUAUAGAGAUUGUAAUGUUGUCACGAUCAUCUUUUAAUUUGCUUAACCUUGAUGAUUAUUUUGUUGAUCGUCCAAGAAUUCCGAAAAUCAUGACAGUGCCCGGAAUCUUAUCCGAUUAUGAAACUGAUCAUUACUCUUCUUCAUCAUCCGACGUCGUUUCGAACCCAGAACGUCGGAUCAUUGUUUCAAAUCAGUUACCUUUGAAAUCCAAGCGGAAUGAAGAAACACAGAAAUGGGUUUUUGAAUACGACCCGGAUGCGUUAGUUUUGCAACUAAAAUCCGGGUUUGGACCCGACGUAGAAUGCAUCCACGUCGGGUCAUUACACGUGGAUAUUGACCCACGUGAACAAGAAGAAGUAGCACAAGUAUUGUUGGAUAAGUUUAAAUGUGUCCCUACUUUUUUAUCUUCAGAUAUACAAAAUAAAUAUUAUCAUGGUUUUUGUAAACAUUAUUUAUGGCCUUUGUUUCAUUACAUGUUACCCGUAACCCGGACCGAUGGGGUCCGGUUCGACCGGGUAACAUGGCAGGCAUACGUGUCUGCUAAUAAAGUUUUUGCAGAUAAAGUGAUGGAAGUUAUUAACCCAGAUGAAGAUUAUGUUUGGAUACAUGAUUAUCAUCUUAUGGUAAUGCCAACUUUUUUGAGAAAAAGAUUUCAUCGGGUUAGGGUCGGGUUUUUCUUGCAUAGCCCGUUUCCAUCGUCCGAAAUAUAUCGAACUUUACCCGUUAGAGAUGAGAUUUUAAGGGCUUUAUUGAACUGUGAUCUUAUUGGUUUUCAUACAUUUGAUUAUGCUAGACAUUUUCUUUCAUGUUGUAGUAGAAUGUUAGGACUUGAUUAUAAGUCUAAAAGAGGGUAUAUUGGUCUAGAAUAUUAUGGUAGAACUGUUAGUAUCAAGAUUUUACCUGUUGGGAUACAUAUGGGUCAGAUAGAGACAGUAAAAUCGUCGAUUUUGACUGCUAACAAAGUCGAAGAAUUGAAAAGAAUUUAUAAAGGAAAAGUUGUGAUUUUAGGUGUUGAUGAUAUGGAUAUGUUUAAAGGGAUUAGUUUGAAGUUUUUAGCAAUGGGUCAGCUUUUAGAAGAGUAUCCUGAUUUAAGAGGGUCAGUGGUUUUAGUCCAGAUAGUUAAUCCGCCCCGAAGUAAGGGUCAUGAUAUUCAAGAAGUCGAAAAUGAGACACGAAAUGUGGCUAAUGAGGUCAAUAAGAGGUUUGGUAAAGAUGGGUAUGAACCGAUUGUGUUUGUUAAUGGCCCGGUUUCUACACAACAUAAGGUUGCUUAUUAUGCAAUAUCUGAAUGUGUUGUAGUGAAUGCGGUUCGAGAUGGUAUGAAUUUGGUACCUUAUAAGUACACUGUUUCGAGACAAGGCAGUCCCGAGUUAGAUAAAGCAUUGGGGGUUUGUGAACCAAACGAUAGGAAAAGCGUGAUCAUAGUGUCGGAAUUUAUAGGGUGUUCGCCGUCUUUAAGUGGUGCUAUCAGGGUUAACCCGUGGAAUAUUGACUUGGUUGCAGAAGCAAUGAGUUUAGCUAUUACAAUGCCUGAUAAUGAGAAGAAGUUGAGACAUGAAAAACAUUAUAAGUAUAUUAGUUCUCAUGAUGUUGCUUAUUGGGCUAAAAGUUUUGAUCAAGACCUUGAGAGAGCUUGUAAGGAGCAUUAUCAUAAGAGGUGCUGGGGGGUCGGGUUUGGGUUGGGUUUUCGGGUUGUGGCUCUUGGGUUUAACUUUAGGAAACUAUCCGUGGAACACAUUGUUUCGGCUUAUAAGAAGACAAGUAGCCGGUUGAUCUUGUUGGAUUAUGAUGGUACAGUCAUGCCACAAGCUUCGGUUGAUAAAACUCCAAGCAAAGAAGUUAUUUCGAUAUUGAAUGUGCUUUCCAGUGACCCUAAGAAUGUGGUGUUCAUUGUUAGUGGUAGGGGGAAGGACUCGUUAGGCAAGUGGUUUGAUUCCUGCAAGAAUCUUGGUUUAUCGGCUGAACAUGGGUGGUUAACUAGAUGGAGUGGUGAAUCGGAUUGGGAAUGUUGUGGCGGCUUGACGGAUGUUGAUUGGAAGAAGAUGGCAUUGCCUGUGAUGGAGCAUUAUACCGAAGCAACUGAUGGUUCUUUUAUAGAGCAAAAGGAAAGUGCUUUAGUUUGGCAUCAUCAAGAAGCUGACCCUGAUUUUGGAAUGUGGCAAGCUAAGGAGCUUCAUGAUCACCUUGAAAGUGUGCUUGCCAACGAGCCUGUGGUCGUGAAACGUGGUCAACAAAUCGUUGAGGUCAACCCUCAGGGUGUGAGCAAAGGAGUGGUGGUGGAAAGUCUCAUUGCAAGCAUGCAAAGCAAAGGGAAGCCGUUGGAUUUUGUGUUUUGCAUAGGAGAUGAUAGGUCGGAUGAGGAUAUGUUCGAGAAGAUCUCAAGCUCGGUUGUGAACCGUGGGAUAGCAGAAGUAUUUGCUUGUACAGUUGGCCAGAAGCCGAGUAAUGCUAAAUACUAUCUUGAUGAUACAGUAGAUGUGGUCAAGAUGUUGCACGGGCUUGAAGCAGCUUCAAUCCAAGUUCCAAGUAAAGGAUUUCGAGUUUCAUUUGAAACCAGCAUUUGAUAUUUCACAGGUUCACUCACUUUUGCUUUGUUUUAGGCUAGUUGAAUGUGAUGGUCAUGGGUAUAAUUUAUUUUUUUCCCUCUUUAUUUUCAUUUUAGUUCGUAUAAAUACAGCAGAUGUAGACAUGUUAUCUUUUGUACAGGGUGUAUACACACAUGGUUUUUCUUUCGUUCA